AUGCAGUCCCCAGCUGCCACACUUGGGGGCUUCAAAGACCCCUUGAUUUGGUCCUACAAAGUCCAUUCCUUCCAGUUCCAACCUCGUCAUGAGACCAUCAACUGGCGGAGAAUUAGCACCCUGGACGUGGACCGUGUUGCUCGGGAGCUGGAUGUGGCCACUCUCCAGGCACACGUCACUGGCAUCACCUUCUGCAACCUGGAGCAGGAGGUGUGCCGCCAGUGUGGGCAGGCAGUGGACCCAGCGCUGCUCAAGGUGCUGCGCCUGGCACAGCUCACCAUUGAGUACCUGGGGCAUUGUCAGGAUUGCCUGAGCACCAAGGUUGUCCAGCUGGAGGGGCAGCUGCAGGCCAGCUGGGACCAGCAGCAGCGUACCCAAGAGAGGAUGGACUGCCAGCGUGACAAGCUAAAGAAGGUGCAAGUGAAGAGCCACCAGCGUGGAAAGAUGAUUAACACUCUGCAGCAGCUGCUAAUGCAGAGAGAAACCCAAAGCUGUCACCAGUGUGACCUGUGUGACACGGAGUUUGUCAAUGUCACCUCUCUCCGGGACCAUAUCCAGCACAGGCAUGCAGACGUGGCUGAAAGUGCACUGGCAGGAGAAAGAAAAUGUGUCCUCGAGGAAUCAGAAAUCACUCAUCAGAGGGAAAUUGAGGCUAAAAAGACAUUUGAGGAUUGGAAAGAAAAAGAGAGAGACAAACUUCAUGAUGAGCUUAACAAGUUUAAAAUAUCAUUGAGGGAGAAAUUCAAAAGGAUUUCCGACCACAGCUCUAUGCUAGAACAGAAAAUGUGGGCACUGGAGUCCCACUGUUCCAAGGAGUCCAACUUCAUAUUGCUGAUGGAGAAGAUAUGUGAGGAGCGAAUCCAAAGUAUACAGGAGACCACAGCCUUGAGAGACAAGUUGGCACUCCAGAACACCAAGAGAAAGGGGAAAAAAACAGAACUCCAUCAAGAUCAUGCAGCUAAGAAUAGAGAGUUGCAGAGAGAGAUCCAGAGGCUUCAGGCCUCCCUGCAAGAGAACCAGAGGCAGGCAGAUUCCCAGAAUGAGCUGAUCAGCACCCUCCAAGCUAAUCUGCAGCAACAAACCAGGCUCAUCAACUCCCUAAAAAGGAAGACAAAGAGGAGGAAAGUCCUGGAGAAGGAUCUGGAAGACAGGCUGAAAAUCUUGGGAAUCAAGAAGCAUGUGAAGGGAAUAUCAGCGCAGAAAUUCAGACGCCUGCAGCUGAAGAUCUUACAAGAGAAGACAGCCCAGAGAUUUCCUGUGCUUCCAAAUUUGAAGAUAAAGUUACUCAAAGAAGUCACAGACACAUGCAGCCAGUCCAAGCCUGAGUCCUUCACCCAAAGACAUUUUGCAAAAUGGGGUCCACAUUCAAAAGCCAGCCGAGCAAUUUGGACACGAGAGACCACGCCAAAGCUUGGAACCCUGCAGGUGAUAUCACCAUCCAAGCCAGCAAAACCGCCCACAUUGACUCUUCAGAGGCAUGGCAGCCGUGGGCACAAGCUGAUCCAGACGACCACCCCUACUGCAUGUCCCACAGUGCCUGGCCCCUCUAGCACUCCAGCUUCCCUGGGGCCUUAAUUGAGCACGCCCCCAUUCAGUUCUAAAGAGGAUUGGGAGAGAGACUUCAUGCAGAAUGUGUCUCUGCAGACCCUGAAAUAUCCUUCCAGGAGGGUGCCUAAGGGGAAAGGACAUCUACUAACCCGAUACACCUAUGACACUAACCAGGACAUCAAUGCAGAAUGCUUGCAGUCAAAAGCAGAACACCAAUGCAGAAGCCAACUUAGAAAUCUUCCCUCUUCCCCGGAGCAUGCUACUUACAUCAGUGCUACAGAUAAACGUAUCAUCUACACGUUGCAGAACAGCUCUUUCUGGUACUGUGGAGUCACCAAAAUCUGUUACCAUCGUUUGGUGUGA